GCUACUUGGGUGCCUUGGACAAAGAUUGUUCUUCUAAGAUACAUCUUCACAUGUAGAAACACCUCCAGGGCUGUAGAAAGAGUUGUUAAGGUUCAUCAUCUCUUCAAGGACUUCAAUCUGAGACUCGGCAUUCUUCAGGCAAAAAAAUUCAUUUACUAAAACAGAAGAAACCCAGGGGUUAAAAGUUAUACAACAUUGUAUACUAUAGUUUGCUUUAUAAACAUCCCUCAACUACUGUAAACCUUUGAGGCAGAACGCUUGGGUACACUAUAUAAAUACUGUAAGCAAGAGAAGAGUCUUCACAGUCAUCCCGGAGGACACGUAAACAGUGCAAAACAGAGCCAUAAAUUAACUGCAAAGGAAACUGAACACUCCCGCAAGUCGAACAUGUCACGUUGGGGACGCAAGAAUGUCAAGAAGGCCCCUGAGGUGAUCAGGACAGUGACCGAGGGCCUUAAGUCACUCUAUCGAAAGAAACUCCUGCCCCUGGAGCAGUACUACGGCUUCCAUGACUUCCACUCACCGAGUCUGGAGGACGCCGACUUUGACAACAAACCCAUGGUGCUAGUGGUUGGGCAGUACUCCACAGGAAAGACUACUUUCAUCAAGUAUCUGCUGGAACAGGAUGUCCCAGGGAGUCGUAUAGGGCCGGAGCCCACCACCGACUGUUUCACCGCUAUCAUGCACGGAGACGUGGAGGGCAUCAUUCCUGGAAAUGCCCUGAUAGUGGAUCCCAACAAACCCUUCCGCAAACUCAAUCCCUUCGGAAACACCUUCCUCAACAGAUUCCAGUGUGCUCAGAUGCCCAACCAGGUUCUGGAGAGCAUCAGCAUCAUUGACACCCCGGGCAUCCUCUCCGGUGCUAAACAGAGAGUGAGUCGAGGAUAUGACUUUCCAGCAGUUCUCCGCUGGUUUGCUGAACGUGUGGACCGGAUCAUCCUUCUCUUUGAUGCUCACAAGUUGGAGAUCUCAGAUGAAUUCUCAGAGGCCAUCGGGGCCCUCAAGGGCAAUGAAGACAAACUCCGUGUUGUGCUGAACAAGGCCGAUAUGGUUGAUACCCAGCAGCUCAUGCGGGUGUAUGGAGCUUUAAUGUGGUCUCUAGGGAAAGUGUUUGGUACUCCUGAGGUUCUGAGAGUGUACAUCGGAUCCUUCUGGUCUGAACCUCUUAUGGUGAGCGACAAUCGCAAACUGUUUGAGUUGGAGGAAGAAGACCUGUUUUCUGAUAUCCAGAAUCUGCCACGCAACGCAGCCCUACGCAAACUUAAUGACUUGGUCAAGAGGGCCCGUCUUGUGAGGGUACAUGCCCAUAUCAUCAGUUACUUGAAGCAAGAGAUGCCGUCUGUCUUCAGGAAGGAUAAUAAAAAGAAGAACCUGAUCUACCAGCUUCCGGUUAUCUUCUCCAAGAUUCAGCUACUGCAUCAUAUCUCUCCUGGAGACUUCCCUGAUUGUGCCAAGAUGCAGGAGCAGCUAAUGGCACAUGACUUCACCAAGUUCAAAGCCCUGAAGCCCAACUUGAUGGCUAUGCUGGAUGAGUUGUUGUCUAGCGACAUUGCCAAACUCAUGCCCCUUCUUAGGCAGGAAGAAAUAGAGGCUGGGGUCCAACCUGGGGUCCAAGGUGGGGCUUUCUUGGGAACCCGUGCUGGACCCUUUAUGGAAGGUGACCCCUUUGGAGAGACUGUGGAUGAAAAUGGUGAAAUGGGUGAAGAAGAUGAGGAAUGGGUGGUGACAAAGGACAAACCCAAGUAUGAUGAGAUCUUCUACAACCUAGCGCCGAACGAAGGCAAGCUAAGUGGCACCAAAGCCAAAGAUUGGAUGGUGAGCACACGGCUGCCAAACUCUGUGUUGGGCCGCAUCUGGAAGCUCUCGGAUGUGGAUCGCGAUGGCAUGCUGGAUGACGAGGAGUUUGCCCUGGCCAGCCACCUGAUUGAAGUGAAACUGGAGGGUCAUGGCCUGCCCCCUGAGCUGCCUGCCCGUCUCGUACCUCCAUCCAAGCGCAGACAAAAAGGCUCUGAUGCUUAGACAAUUCGCCCACGUGGCUUCCACUGAUUUAUCUCCGCACUUCCUGCAUGUUGUCCAGCUCCACAGCAGCUGCAGUGCAUCUCCGUUCACUGUAUUUUUGUGCCAUUUUGUACUCUGGUCAUUUUGUAACACGUAAUUAAUGUCUUACUUUGUAUUCUUGGUUCAAAUGCAACAAUUCAAAGAUUCCCCAGCUGGAAGCCAAAGAGCGUUGUGAUAAACCAAAGACUGGUCUCAGUCAUUUGGAAGGAAUGUUGCAUCUGUCGCCAUUCUUUUCCUGACGGUAAAAUCAUAUGACAUCACAUCCAGAAAUGCUACACACGACUCAGUUCAUAGAACUUUUAAUGGCUCCUGAACUAAGGGAUAGCAAAAAACUCUUGAAGAUAACAGAUAUUUACAGUAUUUUCAUCAUUGUAGAAAUCUAUAGACUUGGCUUUUAAUGUAGUCAGCUAAAUCAGAAUGUGAAGUCAAGAUAAGCAUUUAAAACUCUGAAACUCCUUUGACAGCAGACCUGAGGAGGCAAGUGAAAACCUUUCUGAGACUUUGUUUUUGGAACAUGUAAAUCAGUUUACUAGUAUGUUGCUGUCUUUGCUUUUAAAAUCAAAAAUGAGAUAUGCUUUAUAUGUGAUCAGUUUUGUUUUUUGUCUUUUUUAUAGAAUGAGCUCUAUAUAUGAACGUAUGUCACAAAAAAAAUAAAAAUAAAUAUAUAUAUAUAUAAAAUCAAUGUCAUACAUGUUAAAGCAAAAAGUGGAGAUUUCUAACUGACUACUGUAAACAGUUCCACUGACUGCUUCAGAUAUCCAAUGUUUUCACAGUAAAUAUAUUGAGCUGAAUAAAGACCCUUGACUGUACCUUUUUGAUUUGAAAAGACAUUUUUACAAAAAGAACUGCACUGUAAAAGCAUAACACUGAUAUGUAAAAUGUUGAAGAUGAAAACAAGAACAAAUUGUACAAACUAUAAACCAAUAUUUUAGCCCAAACUAGCUAGCCCGUACUAAGUUUUUUAUUUCCUUUUCAUUAUUAUUAUAUUUAAUUUUUGUGUUUAUGUAAUGUUUAUUGUUAGAAAAUAACAAAAUUCCACAAAUAAAAUAUCAAAUUUCUUUAACAAGGUUAUGCAAUCCUCACUCAAAACAAAUCGAAAUUUAAAACAGCC